AUGGGGACUCCGAGACGGGCCACGUCAAUGGUUGGAAACAUUCUCAGACAUGACCCAGUCGCGCCCUCAAUGGCACUCUUGCAUUUAAGCUAUUACCUCCAAUGCAUAGCUCCCUUCCCAAUUCCUCUGCUUAACAGUUCCCUGACAGUGCUGUAUCUACGCACGAAUUUAUCAUCUCCUGCCUCCAAUGCGCAGGUACCACCUCCCCAAAUCAUCGGUGAGCGAAACUGUGAAAGCCACAACCACUGUACAACAAGUACGCAGUUCUUACAACGGGCAUUGAUGAUGAAUGCUGAUGACAGACGUUCCGUCUUGAACAAAAUGGAUGGCUUUAAUAGCAAUGUUGUUGAGGUUAACAAAUGCGUUAUUCUCAACAAAACCGUGCAACAUUUACUUUCGGAUGUAUUGAAAUUCAUCAAGGAGGAAAUGACGCACCUGACAGAACAAGAGUGUGAACUUCGUUCAAGCUGCUCCCUCACAAAUGUGCCUGAGGGUUAUUUGCGUCGACCGUUCCUAAAAUUGCGUUCCGGAGAGUGUCCCCCACUUAACGUCGAUGCUGCUGCCAGACAGCAACGGAAGGAAUAUAAUUUAAGCGAAGUCAGAGCUCUGUGCCUGAAAAACUUGCUAAAGUCUGAGUGGAUGUCACUCAUAAAGAGUGUCGGACGGUGCGCUUUGGAGAAGAAGAUUGAGAAGCUGGAUUCCAAACGCGAAGCACUUUUGUCCAAACUAUCGGCUCUCAGUAUUUCACAUGCAGUCGCGACUGAUGAAAGCGAAGUAAUACAGAAACGAAAGUCCAUCACCUCGGAGGUUCUAAACGAUCUGCGGGAAACAGAAAAUUUGCUCCUUCAAUUUCGCAGCAUGCACGAAGCUCCUUCACAAUGGCUCACCUCGGCAAUGGCAGACGCAGCACUUUCCAGGGGAUCUGCAAGCCGAAGAACGGAUCUUACAAGAUGCAAAAGUAUGUGGGAAAAGCGCAUUUAUCGGCGCUAUCAUGGAGCUAAAUUCAAGCGAGAGUACACGGCACAAACGUGGGUCAGUCUGCUUGCAGAGGCUGAACAGCACUUAACUGCAGCCGAAUGGUCUGAGGUAUCAAUUCAUACAUUCGAGAAUUCAGUCUCUCCAAGAAACCUACAGCUCUUUUGGCACCAUCGAGUCCGUCCCAGUUUGAACACAACUGCGUGGACUGCAGAAGAAGAUGAAAACCUUAAACUCCUUGUGGACCGUUUCGGUCAACAUGGAAGGUGGGAAGAGAUAGCAGGUGCACUCAACACGGGUCGCACUCCCUUCUCGUGUAUACGGCGUUGGCAGGUGGCUCUCAAUCCCGAGUUCAAAUUAAACCGAGCAUGGUCGGUCGAGGAGGACACAGCACUGAUGGAUAUCUUGAAGCGGUUACUUGAGCUCUAUCCACCGUCACUCAUUGACUGGGACGUUGUUGAAGCCUUUCACACCACUCGCACCGCGUCCGAAUGCAGACUACGUGCACCGGUUAUUUGCUCCGCGUUUCCGUGUUCUUCAGUCACUUCGGAUACUUCUGAAUUACCAGUUGCACCUCGAGCGCAACCGGCUAAUAGUUCGAACAGACUUCGAUCUUUUUCAGCGGCCGAGGAUUUGCAGCUUCUCAUGGCCGUUCAGCGAUAUGGCAACGCCAGUGGACGCAUGGGUGGCGGAAGUGGUGUUGGUAUGGGCUCUUGGGCAGUCAUUUGCAGUGCUCUGCCCGGUCGUUCCGUAUGUGCGUGCCGAAACAGGUAUUAUGAACUUUGUGUGCAGUUUCAACCGUGGACCUACUCAGAAGAUAGAAGAUUGUACGGGCUCGUGCUCCAGGGCGUGAAUUACGACAGCCAGGCUGACUUGACCCCUUUCUUGCGCUUAACUCGAUACCGCAACCUCCUUCCUCAGUUUCCUGGGCGUUCAUUGAAUGCACUCAGACAACGAUGCCUUGUGCUGAUCCGAUGGUCUCGAGUGUGGAAAUCACUACGUCAGAUGGUCGCCUCAGUUAGUGAAGAGGGUGAGAAACCAAUAGUUGACUCAUCGACCAUUCACGGCAGUAACAGUGGCGCCUUUUCGGAAUUACGUCGGUUACUCAUUUACUCUCCUUUUGCGACGCAAUUCAUCUCACAAUUACGGGGGAGCGGUGUCUCAGAUCCUGAGGCCGAGGCGUUCAGAUUGCUUACUACUUGGACAACCCGUGAACCACAGUCAACAACUACUGAUUCGGAGUUUGCACAACUUCUCGCUGAUCUCUCCUCCGGACUGCUGAUUCCUCGUCCUUUGAUAUUCCACGGCACACAGCCAACUCGUGCGGUACAACCUUCUACAGACGAAGACAGUUCGCCACAGCCUCAAGAGGGUGUAAAGCAAAUAUCUUUAUUGGAUGCCAAGAAAUUGGUUAACUAUACCCAAAUCAAACGAUUGCUUGCUGGCCCUGUUCGUCGCAGCCUAUUCUGUUUGGUGAUCAGAGCAAACAAGAUCCCAGCGGCUAAACGCUCACAAUGGAUGAAACGAAUGAAGGACGCACACGUGAGCGUUCUGCUCGUACACCACCUGGUUGAUUCGUACCGAUCCAUCCCUGCCUCGCGUGAACGAGUGUCUCUGGCUAAAAAGCUGUUAGAAAAUGAUCAGUUAUUUUGGUUGGCCCUUGAUCACGCUCUGAAAACUCCCUCAACAUCUGUACUUCUCCAGCAAACAAGGAAAGUGGCUGACUUGCACUUUUUGGCACCUUCCAUUGCUCGCUGCAUGAUUCGGAUCGAGGAAGGAAGCCCGUCUGCUAAGCAUCUGAAGCAGCUGAUGGAGACAAAAACACCCGCUAGUAUGAAAACUCCGAAGUCUACUACGGAACAAGCUGGAUCUCCAUCUUCCUCCAGUCGUUUAGACCAGGGGUUGACUUGUGAGGAUAAGCUGGCUUUUUCCAAAAUCACCCAACGGAUUGAUGGAUCCAUUUCUUCAGAUCAGGUUCCACUGUUCCGCAGAGUCAAGCUCUUUCACAUCAAGCGUUUGUUGCACAUGUACGGACGACGGCGGCGUAUUCGUGGAAACGCAUAUGCGCUCGCUUCUACCAGAUGGACAAACAAAGCCACCGCAUUGACUGAUGUAAAUCGUUUGAACAGACCCGACCAUUACGCGCCUCCCAUAUUGCAGUACCUUCCUCCUAAGUUUAGCACUCGGGUGUUCUUCAAUCCAACCAUCAUCAGUGAACAUUGUCUCGGUGCUGCACAAGGCUGCAUCCGUCACGGUUUGAACAUAAAGGAGGUUCGUAAUAGUUUUUCGAAUGAGUUCGCUGAUGUUGCUGGUACACAAUCGAUACCUGGUCCCUCAAGUGCUGCUGCAGUAAAAAUGACACCGGACAAAUCUCUGGCAAAAAUGUUGCCACCCAGCUACUCCACAUUGUUCGCGUUCAAAAGUUUGAUUCUCCGGCUGCCACAGAUUCUUCAGAAAGGUGGACAUUACGCUUCUCAAAUGGCGUCAAUCCGUGAGAUACUCCAGAACAGGCUACCUCCCGGGAACGAGUGUGACAAUCCUGCCGAAACUUCUAUCGACUCUGACCUUACAGAGUCUUUGAGCACAUACGACGCUAGUAUUCUACCUGUCGUUCAGUCCGAUGCCCAUCGUCGAUUCCUCGCUGUCGGUUUAUCCAUUCUUCUCUGGCCAACCCUAUUAAGCACACUGUCCGCCUCAAGUGUUGUACAGUCUGGUAAACGGUUUUGGGAAGAAGCGCUUGCGCAACUGCCCGAGGAUAUUGUUUCACAUGUGCCGCGGGGGGUCCCUGCAAGAGAAUCACUCAUGGUAGAAUCCGAAGACGACUCCAUUCCGGAUGAUCCUCUGUUGGUUCUGCAAGAAUCAUCUGUUGAAACACAUCGCCACAGGAAGAGAAAACGACCAAAACCUAUGCAAGCCUGGCAGAUAGCAACGAAGCGAAUGCGGAUUUCUCGACGAGCGUAUAUGUUAAAAUCCUCUACAGUUUCAUUCAAAUUGUCAUCCAAUGAUGUAUUAUUUUACCUUACAUUGCCUGCAGAUGUCAAACGUUUGUUUGCGUCUGGAUUUCGACCUGAUUCGCUUUUAUGUAAACCAAAAUGAGUACUGUUUCGGUGUUCACCAAUUGCUUUUAUCGAGACUCGCUUUUCAUCCAAUCUGUAUGUAGUCCAUCCCAAGAAAAUAU